AUGGCGCCCUACGAGCCUGGACGACCCGGUCGAUCGACGGUGUACGUGGCGUACCCGCAUCACUAUACGCGCCUCCUCGGCCUCGACGGCAUCUGCUGGCAGCGCAACGCUCUCUGCGUGCGCGAGGCCGAUCUCAACACGCGGUCGGUCUGCGCCGAUGUCACGAGUGAUGUCUUUAUCGGCCGAGGACUGCACGUUCUUUCGACAGCGACGAGCGACCGCUCGGUCUUUGCCGCCAUCCACAUGGUCACGUUCUCUUGCUCGAGCAUCGACGCGACUGCCUUUGCAAUCGCGUUUGACGGCGACAACGACUACCGCUACCGCGUCUGCUUCAAAGUGACCAGCGUCGUCCACUGCGUCGUCGGUAUCAACCGAUUCGAGAACGUCGUUGUCCGGUUUACACUGCGGGCGCCGCCGUUCGUCUUUGUCGGCGACCGGACCGUGACGGACGAAGACCGCAUCUGGCCGCUCGCGGAUGCUGCGUACAGAUGGAAGCGAUCGGACGAUCCGUCGCCCAACGGCGCGUUUGGCUACUGUCGAUGCUACCACCUCGUGCUUGCCGACGGCGUCGACGCCAACGAUAUUGUACCGGUGCUGACAAGGUUUGGUGUUACGGACAUUGAGCGCGCGCCGGCGGUGCCGGUGUACGCCGGGGUGUUGUCGCCACCACCGACUGACUGGGCGUAUGGCCAUGCGUUCCAGUUGCAACAUCUCUCGUUUGCGCUGCGGUAUGCAUUGCACGUCCUCCUGUCGCAAGAGGCGUUGGUCCUCGAGCGCUCUACCGACGCGGCGACCGUGACACGGAUGCUGUCGCACACGUCCGCGUCGGCGACGAGCGUCCUUGGUUUUCUUCACUCGUCGCUGCGUGGGCCACCGGAUACGCCUCCGAAUCUGUACGCAUUUGGUCGGCAGACGUGA